AUGAAAAUUCCAUUGACAAAAUACCAUUUGGAAGGAAUUGUUUCACUUUUCAAAGAUUUACCAAUGAACGCAGCACUUUUAGAAACAAUUGAUUGUAUGGUCAAGGUCAUUCAAAAAGCCAUCUUCACGGAGGAAUUCUUGAGUGGAGUGAUACCAAGAGUUAAAUUUGAUUUCAAGAAUUUCGACUCUCCUCAAUAUAUUCUUUUCAUGACGAAAGAACAAAUUGAUAACAUGGAGCUCAAAAGUGCCAUCAAAUUGAUGUCUAAAAUGAUUUUACAUUUCGUUGAAUUUCAAACGCAAUUUAACUUGGAUUUGGAAUUAUCAAACUUUGUUGAUUGUUAUUUUUCUGUUAUCAUCCGAUCAAUUCAACAUGUUGAUUUCCAAACAAUUUCUACAUUGAUAAUUGAUUGGAUUUCAGCAUUUUCUUUCAUCAAAGAUGCACCAAUCAUCUCAAAAACUGCUUUGGAAAACUUCAAGAAUAUUAUUAUUCCUUUGCUCAAAUUCCUUUUCUCAUUCCAAGAAAUGAAGAAUCAAAAAGAAGAUCAAUAUCUUGAUAUAAAUCUUAGUACAUCAGAUGAUAAGUUUACUUUUACAUCAUCUCUUCCGCAUUUAGUUUUAUCAUCACAUAAUGUCAAAAUCAACAACGUCGAAGUUGUCCCUGAAAAAGGAAAACUUUUCACUUAUUCCUGUGAUAAUGAUACUAAAAUUAACAUUUCCAAUCCGUCAGUAGAUAUUAUUGCUUCUUUAGGAAUUUCUAUCGCGAAUGCAUUAAAUCAAUGCUAUUCUUCAAUCCCUCUAACUGAAACAGAAAAAAUCAAUUAUGUUUUGAUCAGAAACGAAGUUAAGCAAGAGUCAACAAAAUCCAAGAUUUUCAGGCAACAAAGCCAAAGAAUCGGACCUCAAAGAGUAAUCCAAAAGAGAUCAUUGAUUGAAGAUGCUCAACCUAUUUCAGAACAAAGAGAAUUCUUAAAUUCAGAAAAAUUCACAAAAAUCUGUGAAAAUCUGAAUAAUGAAACAAAAUUUAUCAUCAAGAAAGUCACUGAAGAUAUUUCUUCAACAGAGCUUUUGGUUUUCAAAGCAGUUACAUUCAAGAAAGGGAAUGUUUCUAUCUUGAUGCGUCUUGCAGAAAAUGCUUGCAUUCCAAACGACGUCAAAGUUGAUUACAAGAAAGUUGUUGAUACAGUCAGAAAGGCUCUAACUACUUCCAAGCAGAAAUCAAAGAAUAGCUUUGAACGUCACAUCUCUCUAAAGAAUCGUAUCGAAGAUUAUUUGGUUUCUAUCAACCAAAAAUGCGACAUUCUGAUCAAUCAAGAAAUCAGUUUCCAAAUGACAACACAACAAAUUUUGUCAUUUAUUCUUUCAGAUUUAACGGUAUCUGACAUUGGAGUUUUGCAUUCUAUUUCCAACAAGAGAAAGGAAGUCAAGGAGAGUACAUUUUCAUACAUGUACAGAUAUCUUGAUAAGAUCAAAAACGAUGAUUUAUUGUAUUCCAUCAUCCGAAAUAUUGAUGAAGAAAUCUUCAUGAAAAAAGAAAUUAUUGAUAAAUUAAUGGAAAUCUAUGAAGAAAAUCAAGAAGAGGAUACAAAUGAAGAAAAUUUGGCUGCUUAUAACAAAGAAAAUCUCAAAACAGAUCUUAGUGAUAUUGGAAACAAUAAAUUUGAUAUUUGCGAUAAAGUUUGCCAAAUUCGAGAAUUGGCCAAAAAAGACAAAGAAUUUUUGGAUCAAAUUUUAGAUUUAAUUUCUCCUGAUGAUGUCAAAAUUUCGACAGGAUGCCUUGCAAUUCUAGGUUUCCAUAACUUUGAUAUUUCGACAACAUGUUAUGGUUUUGUCAAAGAUCAACUGAAAAGUGUUCAACAGAUGACUAUUUCAGAAUUCAAGAACUGUAAAUCAGAAUUCAAAGUUUUGCCACCAACAUUUUCAAUUAAUGACAAAAUCAAGCAAAACAUCCAAGAAAUAAUUAAAAUUAUCGACGUCAAAGAUGUCAACUAUUUGAACGACUACUUACAAUUGAUUAAGUUUUGUGGUAAAAAUAGCAUUGAUAUUCCGCCAAAAGAAGGAUUCGAAUUCAAAAACUUUUCAUUAUCAUCCCCACAAAGUAACAACUUAUUCAACUCUCCUCUAUACAAAUUAACUUUUUCUGAACCGACAGUUGAGGAAGAAUUUGUUCCACUACGCUCAGGAACUUCAUCAAAUUCUCUUUUAACAACAUCAAGGAACGAAAUUUCUUUGUAUUUAAUGAAUGCAAUUAAAUCAAAAAUUAAUUAUGAACCUGAUGACCCGAGAUUACUAUCAAUUUACGGUGUGAUCACUGAAGACGAAGUUUAUUAUGUAAACUUUCCAAAUUAUGAAAUCCAUAACAGAAUUGAAAGAAGUGGAAUUCCUUUUUAUAUUUCUUAUUAUAACGAUCAGAAAGUAGAGAUUAGUGACAAACAUACUGGAGAAGAAGAAGAUAAUAAUGAUGAAGAUGACUAUAUUGAUCCAAAUAUUUCUUCAUUACAAGAUUUUUCUUCUUUCCUCCCAAGAACAUUCGUUGGACAAACUGUUUUCAUCAAUGAAUUUGGUCCUGGAAUAAUUAUUGGAACAGACAACACUCUAUCAAAGGUUUAUGUUAUUAACCACGGUAAAGAAAUGACUAUUGAUGUUCCAAAUGAUGAAAUUCAGAAUUUGAAUCCAGACGAAUAUUAUGAAUCUCUUCUUCGCGGAGUUUAUCUUAGAAGUAGAUCAGAUUUUAUUAAUGGUAAAAUCAAAGAAAUAUAUGAAAAGAACAUCCAAAAUCUCAUAGUUUUAGAAAUGAUCGCACAAAAUUGCGUAAACGAAAGUUUAGUUAUUGGUAUUCUAAAAAUAAUAGACGACAAAACUUCAAAGGAAAUAUUCGAGUUCCUUAAGAGAAAUGAAGAAUUUAUCUUUAGAACUCUCGAGAAAUCCUUUAAUGAAAUUGAACAAAUUGUUGUUGAGAAUUACGUUAAGUAUUUCUGCCAAAACAAAGUUGAUUUCUUAUUUGCAGUUGAAAGUAACAAGUAUUUACAAGCCAUUGUUCUAAACUACUUAGGAAAUAUUGAUUUUAUUUCCGUUUCAAAUUACAACAAAAUCAAGGAAGCAAUUAAAAUUAUUCUUAUUUCCUGUACUACUUCAAAUAUGAAUCUUCUAAAUCAGUAUUUCAUGUUCUUAUUGGAUAAUGAUUUAGAAAACGAUUGUAACUACCAAACCGGAACUCUUCUCGCAUUAACAUACUAUUCAACUGAAAAAAUUUCACCUGCAGCUGUUUUCUUGACGAAAAUGACAAACAGAGCCGAAAAAUUCAACGAACUUCGAGAUAAAAAGAAUGUAGACUUAAAUAGAAAAGACUCUUUUGAAGAUAAGCUUUAUAAUCUUAUCACAGUUGACUAUAAUAGACUCCGUCGUGAUGUGUUAUCUUCGGUUGACUAUGAUUCUGAUUUAACAAUCACUUUUAACAGAUUUAAUUCAACUCUUUUCAUGAAGUCUGCUAAUAAGUUAUACAUGUUCAACACAUUUAUUGCAGCAUUUCGACAGCCUAAAUUAUGCAGAAUUAGAGUCAUGUUUGAGCAUGAAGGAGGAAUUGAUCAAGGAGGACUAAAAAGAGAAGCUUUCACAAUGAUUGGAGAGGAGAUUAAAAACAAUUUGUUUACUGUUGACGAAAAGGGAUUUUAUCAUCUCAAAACAAAGGAUCCUCAGUACCAAUUAUUUAUCGGUGUUUUCAUUGCGUACUGCUUUUAUUACGGCGAGCCGUUCGAGAUUAAUUUACCAUUUGACAUCAAAGAUUAUAUUUUGUCUGAAUCAUCUAAUAAUUAUAAUCCAUAUUCAGUGGUUAAGGAAGGUUUUCAAGAAAUAAUCCCUGAGUAUAGAUUUGUUACUAUUCAAUAUACAAUUCAUAAAAUAGCCCUUGUUUUUGGAUCUUCAGAUCGAAAACUUAAACCAGAAGAUAUCAUUCAUAGACUUUCAGGAUAUUCUGAAACCGUUAAAGUAUUUUCUGAUGCCAUAAGAACAUUCUCAUCAGAAGAAUUGUCUGAAUUAUUAAGAUUCAUAACAGGGACAUCUACAUUGUCCUAUACAACAACUCGCAUUGAACUUAACACCUACAGUGGAAAUAGUGAUAUUUCGGAUGAAUCGAAAUGGGAUCUUCCAAUUGCACAUACUUGCUUCAAAUCAUUGGAUCUGAGACCAUAUAAAAAUUCCGAAAUAUUAGCUAACAAAUUGAAAUUGGCAAUGAGCUAUUCUAAAAUCAUUUCAGAUGGUGGAAUGAAUAUUUCAAUUUUCCAAUAA